CCGCGGAAGAGCCGGAGUUCGGGUGACGAGAGUGACAUCAGCGGCCUGCCCCGGACAUCGGUUCUGAGAGCAGAGCGGAGCCGGGAAACACGGACCGAACCGGAGUCCACACCGAGCGAGAGCCCGAGGCCGCGCUACGGCAUGGGGAACGCGGAGAGCGGCGGCUGCAGCGGUGCUGCCGGCGCCGGCAGCGGAGACGAGGAAGACGUGGAGGCGGAGAGCCCGGGCUUCGGGGACGGCGGAGGCGGCGGUGGUGGCGGCGGCAGUAGCCCGGCCUCCGGGGCCGGCGGAGCCGGGGCUGGCGGCUCGGCCAGGGGGGCUGGCGGUGCUUCAGUGCCGAGCUCGGGGCUGCCGUCCCCCGAGGCCCUGAUGGAGCAGGUGAAGCUGAGGGAGGCGGCGGGCCGCGCCGGGGAGGCGGCGGUGACCGUGUCUGAGUCGGCUCUGGCCCGCAACGAGAGUGCGCUGGUCCGCUGGCUGGAGGAGCGGCUCGGCCGCGGGGAGGAGGCGGUCAGCCUGGAGCAGUUCUGCGAGCUGCUGGAGAGCCGAGACGCCCCCAGGGAAGAGUGCGAGGAGGCUUUUGCUCAGUUUGAUGCUGAAGGUGAUGGAGUUGUUGAUGUGGAGAGCAUGCUCAUGGCUCUGAAGAACAGCAACGGAGCCAAUCUACAGGGAGAGCUGAGUCAUGUGAUCAGACAACUGCAGGCCUGCUCACUGACUCCAGGAUUUGUGGAUAUCUUCUCCAAAUCUAAGGACAGAUUAGGAGCACACGCCUCAAAGAUCCUGAAGUUCCUCCACAGGAACCGCAUCCCCAGCAAUGCCAUUCCCUUCCCUGCACUGGAGGGCUACAACAGCAUCUGCACCAUGAGGUCUUCUGUACUGCAGGACUUCCUGGACUACCUGCUGCAGAAGGAGAAAGACCUGGACAUUCAGUACAGGGCAGAACUGAACCAGGAUCAGGAGGUGGAUCGAGUGAAGGUUAUCUCUCAGUGCUACAGCUUCAUCGAGGCCUCCUCUAAUGCUACUGACAUCCCGAAGAUGACCAAUGGAGAAACAGCAUCUUUCUGGCAGUCGGAUGGCAGUGCACGCUCCCACUGGAUCAGGUUAAAGAUGAAGCCAGAUGUGGUACUGAGGCGACUGGCCAUUGCUGUGGCUUCCAAUGACCACAGCUACAUGCCCCAGCUGGUGUCUGUGUCUGUGGGAAAGAGCCGGCGCUCUCUGCAGGAGAUCAGAGACAUCCGCAUCCCCAGCAACGUCACUGGAUACGUGGCCCUGCUGGACAACGCCAACAUUAGUCAACCAUAUGUUCAGAUCAACAUUAAGCGCUGCCUGAGCGACGGCUGUGACACGCGCAUCCACGGCCUGAAGACCUUGGGCUACCAGAUCACUAAGAACAAGGAGGUGUCCGUGUCGGACGCCUCGGCUAUCUGGUACCUCUCUCUCCUCACCUCCCUGGUCACAGCGUCGAUGGAGACCAACCCUGUCCUCGCUCAGACCGUCUUACAGAGCACGCAAAAAGCCUUGCAGCACAUGCCUCCCUUAUCCUUAACACCAUCCUCCACCGAGUUCCCCAAGUUCUUCUCUCCGAACAUACUGGAAGAAGUGGACGCCUUCCUCCUCAGAAUUGCAGAUUGCUGUGUGACUCCGGAUGCUGAGCUGACUCUCCUGGCGUUUGCUCUGGCUCGGGGUAGUGUGGCUAAAGUGCUGCUCUCUCUGUCUGGAAUCUGUGAACGUGUGGACUCAGAGUACCGUGCUGCCUCUCUACUGGCCUCAAUGGCAUCAGUGCGCCUCCGGCUGCUUUACAAAAAUGGAAAACAUCUGCAGCUGCAUCUGCAGGCCUGUGACGUGAAGAGCCGAGAUGACAAGUGCGGACCCGAGAACAUGCUGACCGAGCCCACUACUGGAGAUGGCUUUCUGACGGAGAGUGGAAAGAGGAGAGCCAGUGUGAUUCUGUCAACUGAGGAUCAGACGUGCUUCCAAGUCACACAGCUCAGAAUUAAAGUGCGGAAAGGGGCCAUAGGGGCUAAAUGUGGCCUGGUCUUUUCUUAUAAUGACACAGAAGUGUUUGAUGCAGACAAGCACUUUAAGAGGUUUAAGAAAUAUGACUCCUGGGACUUUAAGGACUACAAAGAAUUUAUUCAAGACAAGCAUUCCAGUACGAGAGCAGCAGAGAUGACGGAGGAGGAGCCUGUUGGAUGGUUUGAACUGGAGGAUGAUUGGAAUGAUGCAGAGAUCAAACUGCAGCUGUGCCGUGUGUCCAAUUUCCUGAUGGUGAAGUUCCUGUGCACGAGGCAGGACUCAGCGGAGCGGCUUGGAGUCCAGCAGGUGGCUUUCAGUGGCUACACGUGUCCAGACACCGAGAGGCUGGAGACGGGCGAGGAACUGAACAUGCAGCCUGAGGGGGGCGACUGUGGUCUGGUCACCAGCUUAACACUAGUCAAGAAGACCCUCUACUUCAUUCAGCAGCUCACUAGAGACAUGGACAUGACACUGCACAAACAGAAGACUCUGUUGGACUUCAGUGGACUGAACCUGCCACUCUUCUGGGACUUCUACAGAAAACUCAGGUCUAUAGACGGAGAGGAGGCAGUGAGGACCCGGGUCGUUCUGCUGCAGCUCCUACAGAACUGUUUCCCAGCUCUUCCCGCUCUACCGGACUCCCGGCGGCCUGUGGAGAACACAGCGUUAUCACCAUCAUCUUCAGCUGAAGCACCUUCAGCAUCGGCGAGCACAGAGGUGGACCCUGCUGAGGCUGUAGGGGAGCUCUACAGUCACUUGUGUCAGGUGGUGGACGGGCCUGAAGGAGAGACUGCUGAGGAGAAAGCUCUGAGGAAGGAGGCAGUUAGGGCCAUCCUCAGCGGUGCAGCUAUCUUCUACCCAGACAAACAGAGCCGGCGAGACAAGCUCUUCGACAUGAUGAAGAACAUAACAGAGGAGGAACAGCCGGAGUCAGUAAAGCUGACCUUUGAGUCACUCUGCAAUUAUUUCAGUGAUAAAGACCCGAGUGGUCUGCUGCUGUUGCCUCCUAAAGGAGCUCCUGCUGACUUUGACAUCUCUCCUAUCCUCACCGUCAUGGAUACUUUACUCCACGUGGCCACUAAAGAGUGUGAAGUGAUGAUGGUGGACUCUGGUGGAAGAUCCAGUCGGAAGGACCUGCUGUCGCUGUUCUGGGCUCUUCAGGGCAGUCUGCUGUCCUGGUGUUUCCUGCAGCUCAAAGGAGGAGCGACCACAGCCACCGAACUGGCUAGAGACAUCCUGAUCAGAUACGUGGAUCAGUUCCUGACGAGCACCAGAGGCACCCUGAGCACUCUGAUGGAGAGCUACUCCACCAAUGACAUCACUGCCAAACUGGGCGGAUCCAUUCUCUCAAUGGCAACCAGACAACUGGCGAUAUUCCUGCUGGAGCUGAGUUCCCUGGACAUCCCUCACUGUACUCUACUUAAGAGCUUCUUCACUUUACUGGAGCUGCUCAAGGAACUCACUAGAAGUACAGAGGAAGCUGGUUCAAAGGUCAGCUGCGUGUUUGACACAUCAGCUGAUAUGGAGUCCUGUCAGAAUCCCCAGCACCCAGUGGUAUUAAAGAACUGGACCAUGGAGUCUCCUCACGACUAUGAGGACAGCAAACAUGAAAACACAGUAUUCCUCUGCCCUGGGGCCACCUACUUCGAGGUGGAGUUUGAUGACCGCUGUGAGACGGAGAAGAGGUAUGACUAUUUGGAGUUUACUGAUUCCAGAGGAGGCAAAGUGCGAUAUGAUAUGAAAGUGGGAACUGAAAAGUGGCCAAAGAAAGUCACGUUCAAGGCUGGUCACCAGCUGCAGUUUCUCUUCCACUCAGACAGCAGUAACACAGAGUGGGGCUACAAGUUCACGGUGACGGCCUACGGGCUGCCGGACAUUAACGUUUCCUGGGUUUCAGACCUGCAGCUUCUUGUUUCACGGCUGAUGGGCCGCCUGGCCUCCCGAACCAUGGCCCUCAAAUCCACUCACGAAGUGCGGAGUAUGAAGGAGCUCCCUGCUGCUUUGAUGACCCAUGUGUUGGCCUCUCCUCUGUGGAAGCCCAUCUUCAGGCAUGGUCUGAGUGGUCCUGCCAGAAGCAGAGAACCUGAACCAUGUAAUGCCAUCACGCAAGAGUUAAAAUCCGGCUCUUCUGAGGAAGAGUUAGUGGAGUUUCUUGUGGGCUUUGCUCAGUGGAAUCCUGCUCAGGACUGCGGUGAUGGAAGAGGGGAGCUUUUCAGGAACCUCAUGCUGACGUGUAAGAAAUAUCUGAUAAGAAAUGAGUUCGCUGCGGGAUCCAAGGUGGAUCAGGCCGCGAACGCCAUCUGGGCGGCCAUGGUGUAUCACACCCCAGCCCUUCAGACUUCACUGAAGAACUUUGUGGCUAAGCAUGGACAGACCUGUGUGAGUGAGGACCUCAUGCAGGUCUACACACUUGCUGAUGGCAUUAGGACCUGGAUGCUGGAAAUGAAGCAGCGAUCCCUAGUUAGCAAAAUCAGUAUUCCAGGAGAGAAAGGGGAUUGCCAAAGCGAAGUCACAAUGGUAUCUUUAGCUGAGAUCUGCAUCAGUAAGAGCUUGCUAUUAUUCAGGUUCAGCCCUGCUGGUGGUGCUCCCGUACCUCCACCAGACCCAGACUCCACUAAACCAGCAGAGGGCGCUAGCGCUGCACCUCUCUCACGCUCAGUCUCCAUAUCUGAGGAAGAUUUCCAGCCCUGCUCGUCUCCCUGCAUUUCUCAGACCCCCACGGGGGCCGAAGCUGCUGCUGCUUCUAAUGGAACAAGCCACCACAGUCGGGUCCAGACCCAGGUCUCCUCUGCUUCAGACCCUGGAGCCUCCAGCAGUGCCAGCACCAGUGCCCAGGGCUCCAGAGGCUCCACAGAGAGCCUUCACUCACAGUCCGGAGAGCCCGUGUCCCCGCUGGCGUUCGCCCGUAAAGCGCCCUUCAGCCGCGGCCGACUCCGACUGCUGUCCUUCAGAUCUGUGGAGGAGACUCGCGCUGCUCCUUCAGUUAAAGAGAGAUUCCCCAUCCUCAAACACAUCCUGAGCUUUAUGAAGGACAUGGUGAUUAGUGAGACCAGUGUUCUGCAGACUCUCACUUUGAAGAAGUCCCAGGCCGUGAGUGUGUGUCAGGUUCUGGAGAUGGUGCAGCAGUGUUUACUGUCCCUCGGAAAACCACAUCUCUUCCAGGCUCCGUGUAUUUUGUUCCUACAGGAGCUGCUGGCCUGCCAGAAAGAUUUCACCAAUUAUUUCUCUCAGUUAUCAGGCUGUGGGCUGGAGCUAAAAGAGCAGAUCAGACGUUCCUACCAUCAACUGAUUCUAAUGCUGGUAGAUGCAGUGCAGGGCUUCAAUGCCCUCAAUGACAAGGUGCUGUUGCCUGCCCUCUCCUGUGCUCAGACGUGCCUCCUGCACCUGCUGGAUAUGAGUUGGGAGGUUCAGGAUCUGCCUCUGUUUCUGGACAUUAAGCUCCCUGAUUUGCUGUUGACCAUGUCUCAGGAGAACAUCAGUGUGCACGACAUCGCCAUCAGUCAGUGGACAGAGGAGGAUGAGAUUGCAGAUUAUGAGAGGAACACAGAGUGGAUGGAUGAGUGUAUGGACGGCAUGUUUGAGAAAUGGUUUGACAAGAUUGCGCAGGCCUCACCGGAGGACAAGAGAAAGAUGCACAUGUUUAUUGCGAGAUACUGUGACCUGCUGAAUGUGGAGAUCUCAUGCGAUGGCUGUGAGAGGAUUGCACCAGGGCACCGCUAUCGCUGUCUACAGUGCAUGGACAUGGACCUGUGCAAGACCUGCUUCCUCAGUGGGGCCAAACCAGAAGGGCACGAGGAUGACCACGAGAUGGUGAAUAUGGAGUAUGCCUGUGACCACUGCCAAGGCCUCAUCGUGGGCAGCAGGAUUAACUGCAAUGUCUGUGAGGACUUUGACCUCUGCUUCGGCUGCUACAAUGCCAAGAAGUACCCUGACAGUCAUCUGCCCACCCACCGGAUCACGGUCUACCCCAUGGUGACUAUUCGCAUCAGUGACCGUCACAGGCUGAUCCAGCCCUACAUCCACAACUACUCCUGGCUCCUGUUUGCCGGUCUGGCCCUGUUCACCUCGGAGCUGAUCAGCGAGCGGGAGGUGGAGGGGGAGCCGCUGGAUGCCGUAGCGCUGGGUUACGCCGCCGCUCUGCAGACCCGCUGUUCUGAACUCGUCACAGAGUGUCUGAUGAAGGGCCAGACAGGGAAAGGUCUGCGAGCUUCAGCCCUUCUGUCCUUGCUCUCGAGUAACGAAUCCGCUACAGAGAGUGAGAUGUGUCCCACCUCUCCAGAGUCCAGCCAGGAGAUCAGCACCACGGACACCUCCUCCCUACCAGGCAGCACCGCCGCUAUCUGCUCUCCACCACCCCCUAAAAAGAAGGUUCCUGAUGCCUCCUCCCCUCCUAAAGCCCCCUCAGUUACUGAGGAGAGAGAGGGGCGAGGGAAGCUGGUGUCCCAGGAUACACUGGAGUCUCCCAGUCUGAGUCAGACGCUGUCUGUGUCCAGUGAAGACACUCUAUCUCCAGGACUCAAAGCUGUUGAACUAAAUGGGGACAACUCUGAGAACCUGGAUGUGAGUAAAGAUGAAGACAGGACUGAAGAUAGGACUGCUAAAGUACCCCUGCAGGAACAUGUGUUUGCUGAAUGCUCCAGGGAGAGGAUUUUGGGACUGCUUGCAGCCAUGUUGCCUCCAGCUAAACCGGGCAGCACGAUUUCCCUGUCCAGCCUGAGCCCCAUCCUGCCGCUGCUCUUCCGUGUGGUCAUCUCCAAUGCAGGCUGUCUAAAUGAAGCCUAUCACCUGACUCUGGGGCUUCUGGGGCAGCUCCUGCUCCGCAUCUCUCCUGAGGAGUCUGACACAGCCGUGAGUGAGGCUGUAGCUGAUAAAUAUGAGCUGCUGGCUCUGGCUGAUGGAACUGCAACUGAAACCCAGGGCUGGAAGACCACCCAGCUUCUCUUCAGUCUUGGGGCUGUCUGCUUGGACAGUCGUAUCGGUCUGGACUGGGCAUGCUCAGUGGCAGACAUCUUGAGGAACCUGAAGGCCUGUCCUCAGUGGUGUAGCGUUAUUGCAGCCUUCACUGACCACUGCAUUCAGCAGCUCCCACAGCAGCUCAAACGAACCAACGUCUUCACUCUGCUCGUUCUGGUGGUCUUCCCUGAGGUGCUGUGUAUGGGUACGCAGUCUGUGUUCAUAGACAACGCCAACGAACAUCACAACAUCAUUCUGCUGAAACACUUCACCGAGAAGAACCGGGCCGCUGUUGUGGACGUGAAGACCCGCAAACGAAGAACAGUGAAGGACUACCAGCUGGUGCAGAGCGAGGAGAAGGACAGCAGUCUGGAGAGUUCAGCGCUGUCACUCAACAGUGCGGCCCACCCCAACCGCUACCUGAAGAACUUCAUCUCUGUAGUGAGCCAGCUGCUGCAGACAGGAGUGGAGAGCAGCGCGCCCAAUGCUGUGGAGGCCACCUGGGUUCUCUCACUGGCUCUGAAAGGCCUUUACAACACGCUCAAGCAACACGGUGGCGAGCAGGCGCAGGAAGCCAUCCAGCGGGCCGGACUCACCCAGCUGCUGGUUCGCAAGUGCAGCAAGGGAACGGGCUUCAGCAAGAUGUGGCUCCUGCGGGACCUGGAGAUCCUCUCCAUCAUGCUGUACUCCUCUAAACGAGAGAUCCACUCCAUGGCGGAGGACAGUGACGGCGGAGAACGGGAGGAGGACAGGGAGAGGGAGAAGGAGCACGACUCUGAUCACUCCAGCUGCUGCACUGACGAUGCUGACCCCAACCGACCGGACCCACUGGAGGGGCUGGAUGAAGAGACAAAGGCCUGCUUUCAGCUUACCCACGAUGCUCUGAAUGCCCCUCUGCACAUCCUGAGGGCCAUGUACGAGCUCCAGAUGAAGAGGACCGACUCUUUCUUCUUAGAGGUGCAGAAACGGUUCGAUGGAGACGUAAUAAAGACAGAUGAGACAAUCCGGACUCUGGCCCAGAAGUGGCAGCCCACCAAACGCCCGCGCUCAGAGGAGCGGAUCGCCAAAGCUGUGGACACAGACAUGAUAAUCGUCCCCUGCGUGUCUAAGCCCAGCCGUUGUGAGAAGGCCACGGAGGAGACCAACGUAGUGACGCAGAAGCUGAUCACCAUUACCGAGAGCGACCUGCAGCUCAGUUACGCCAAACAGCGGCGCACCAAGAGUUCAGCCCUCCUGCAUAAAGAGCUGGACGCCCGCAGCAACAAGUCUGUCCGUCAGUACCUGUUCAAGGUGAACGAGGCCAUCGCCAUCCUGUACGCCCGCCACGUGCUGGCUUCCCUGCUGGCAGACUGGCCCUCUGGCGCCCCCAUCCAGGAGGAGGACCUGGAGCUGAGUGGAGCUUCUCACAUGGCCUACAUCCUGGACAUGUUGAUGCAGCUGGAGGAGAAGGCUCUGUGGGAGAGGAUUCUACAGAAAGUGUUGAAGGGCUGCAGCCAGAGCAUGCUGAGUAGUCUGUCCCUCACAGCGUGUCAGUUCAUGGAGGAGCCUGGGAUGGCCGUGCAGGUUCGCGAGUCCAAGCACCCGUAUGAGAACAACACCAGCUUUGAGGACAAGGUGCACAUCCCCGGGGCCUUUUAUCUGUCCGUGAAGUUCGAUUCACGCUGCCACACUGAAGAGGGCUGUGACGAGCUUCAGCUGGCCAGCAGCGCCGACUUCCAGCAGGACCUGCACACCUUCAGCGGCUCCUUCCAGAAGUGGGCUGAUGUGGAGAUUCCAGGGGACACUCUUUACUACAGGUUCAUAUCAGACAUGAGUAACACAGAGUGGGGCUAUAAGUUCACUGUGACUGGAGGACAUCGUGGACGUUUCCAGACUGGUUUUGAGAUCCUGAAGCAGAUGUUGGCUGAUGACCAGGCUCUUGCUCAUCUCCCUUUAACUGAUAUCUGGGAAUGGCAGGUGGGCGUGGCCUGUCGUCAAACGGGAAGCCAGCGACUCAAGGCUAUUCACCUGCUGCUCCGGAUACUGCAGUGUCCUUCUCAAUGGGGCUGUGAUUUGACCCUGCUGAGGCCGCUCUGGCAACUCUUCACCACUAUGGAGAGCGGCGUAAGUCAGGACCCCACCAGCAUCAACGUCCUUCUACCCCUCCAUCGCGCACUCACUGAGCUCUUCUUCAUCGCUGAGGCCAAGGCCAUGGAGCAGGGCAUUCUUCAGGAGUAUCUGCUUGCUCUAACCACCAAUGAGCAACUGAUUGUGCGCACAGCUCAGGCCCUGAAGAACAUCGCUGCAAUCAGUCUGGCCAUCAAUUACCCAAAUAAAUCCACCACGCUGCUGAACGUUUCCCCCUGAGCGAGGACGAGCCGGGGCUGCCAGCGCAGUGUCCUCUCGCGCCCGCAUUAGGAGGGCAGGUAAUGGCCGCACCGGGAGAGCCCCUCAGAACGUCUUCCAGAACCAUCCGCCAUAAACCGGAGCCACUCCCCUGCUUUAAACCGGAACCGAGAGAAGAGUUAUCUCCCAGUCAUGUUUUAUCGUUAACGGUUGGUGAUUUCAGGGGAUUACGCCGGAAUCAUCUCCCCUCUCUGGAAAGGCUCUCGUACCUGUGACUUUUUGCCUUAGAUGAGAGCGAGGAUUUCCGAGUCUGUGCAGUCUUCUGAAGACCGGAGGGAAGAAAGCCAGGCAGCGCUUUUUUCUCUUUUUUUCUUUUUUUCUUUCUUUUUUUUUCUCUUUAUCUAUUCGUGCACCCUCUCUCUCUCUCUUUAAUUUAUCUAUUUUACUUGAAGCAGCUCCAGUGCUUAAACAGGUCAGCAUGGUGUGCCAAAUUCGCCACUGUUCCUUUUUUUUUUUUUUGGUUUAUUUAUGCUCGUCUUUUUCAUCAUCGGAAGGGAAAAGAGAGCGAGAAAUGCACCUUGGGUGAGACAAUCGAUCAUAGUGAAAGCAGGUCACCUUUCCCGCGCUUCACACAGCCUUUCACGCGUCUCUCUGUGGACACACGCCGCCUAAAAAUACGAGCGGUCCGUGCAGUCUCAUCCGUCAGCCUGGCCCGAGACUUCAGCUUGGAUGAGAUUCCGAAAGGUAGCGGCGGGUAGACAAAAGUUCUCCGCUCAGAGAAACGAUUGAACUGAGGGAUAUUUGAGUUCUUUCAACACCUGUAGAGGAGCGAAUGUAAAGGAGCAUAUUAUUUUUCUUACAAAUUUAAAAUUAGGAUUAUGAAUGUUCACUCCGUCUGUAUAGUGUAAUCCAGUAGCUAAACUUGAAAAAUCUGGUUCUUCUCUAUUCGCUUCAGCCAAUGCUUUAACCGAACGGCUGGUUUGAUGUGCCAUACGAACAUCUCCAGGCUUCCUGCAGCCUUAAAGUCGUCCCGGGUGUAACAGUUAUAUUAGAAUAUUAUAUAUACUACCGCCUUGUUUUUACACCUGUUGCGUUCACAGACAAUAUUGGAACACUUUUAAGUUCUUUAAUUACAGACUGUAGUUCUGUAUCUGUUUCUCUGUAUACUUUAUUAUUAUUAUCCUCCUGUUUUUCAAUGGCCAAGACCCCACAGGAUAGACCAUCACAGAGACGGCACUGUUUGGGUGGUCCACCAGCCCUUAUGUUCCCACCCACACAUUCGCGGUUUAAACUGCAGAGUGACGCAGAGCUGCUGAUAUGCGCACACAGAAGUAUAAACGUGUUCUGCAACGUAGCGCACACUCGCUGGAUUUGUGUAGGCUACAGCGUAGGUUCGAUGCCGAAGGAUAAAUUGACAUAGCAGUGCUGCUGGAGUUUUUAAACACCUCAGUGUCUCUGCUGGACUUUACUUUAUCUACAAGGUGGAAGAGCUACUGUAGGUAGGAGUGUGUAAUAGAGUAAUAGAGUGGAGGACAGUGAGAGAUUAAACACAGUGUUUAAAAACUCCAGCAGCACUGCACACUAUAACACACUACCACCAUGUGAAUCAGUGCUAAUCUGUGAAUCUGUGUUGGUCUAUUCUGUGGGAUCUUGAUCAUUAAAGAACAGGGCGAAAGGAGAAGAAUAAUACAGUAUACUUAGAAACGGAAGAAGAAAAAGUGCUCCUAUAUGCUCAAUAAAACUAAUAAAACGAACAAGGAAGUGGUUAUAAUAUUCUAAUAUUACAAGUCCUGUGUGCUCACCAUUACUAAUACUUUAUAGAGGCUCUUGGAGCAGUGAAAGUUGUACCAUACACACACUAUUCUGCCUCCACACUUAGUGUAUCACCUUUGUGGUAAUGUGUUCAUCGUGCACAUUUAUGCACACGUUAAAUACAUCUGCAUGGUGUCCAUGACCACUGAAGCUGUUUAUAUUUGAGUAGAAUAUAUUUGAGCUCUCAAUGCACACAUAAUAGUUUUCAAUCAAAUUUAUUGACCUGAGAUCGUUCCUCAGAAGGGUUUAGUGGUUUUGCUUUUGUCCCAAAUUGAUAGUCAAGACAUUUCCCUGCUUUAAAAUAGGGAUGCACAGAAUAUUUGGCACCAGAAAUUUAUUUAGCCAAAAAUGGCAACUAAAGCACUAUUUGCAUUCAGUAUAAUAAGCAGAUAGACAGAAUGAUUUAUACUAAAAAAAUGUUUUAUUUUGGUUAAAAAGCAAAAAUAUAUUAAUGUUAAUUACAAUUAAUAAAACCUUGGCAAAAAACUAGUUUAUUUUUUUUUUAUUAUUAUUUUUUUUUACGUUGCUGCCCUUUUUUAUUUCAGUGGACUGAAAAGAUUCUUUUUUUUGGCUGAAACUGGACAAAAUUAAACAUUUGGCCAAAGCCUGAAUAUUAAACAAAUUGUAAAGAGGUUAUCAAAUCAUACUAAGCAUGAAGCAUUUUAUUUAUGCAAGUAAAAUAUAAAAAUGAACUUAAACUUGCCUGUUCUCGGCUCUUAAUGCUGGCUCUCUCCCUCACUCCCUGCCAUGACAUACUGCGCCACUGGUAUGUGAGUGAUAGUGCGAGCCUUCUACUGCUGCUUAAAAAAGUCCUAAUGUUUGUGGAAACACUACAGUGUGACAUAAAAUAAAAAAGUCAUUAAUUGCUGUAAAUGAUUCAUUAUUAAUUUUUGUUGUCAAAUAUUUGGUGCAUCCCUUUUAAAACCAUUUUGGUCAAGCAAUUCCUGUAAAAUGUUCCUUUUCAAACAUUCAAAGAGUUACGAGAUGAGAAACCAAUUAUUAAGAGAACUGGUUUUUAACUGUAUAGGGAGUGACUUGGUGGUGGGAUUAGGUUUAUUAAUAGUACCCCACUCCUCCUUCCUCUCCUUUCACACUGAAAUCAAUCGAUUUCUUUUCUUAGUGCACCUUAAAUACAUCUUCAUUACAUGUGUGAUUUGUUUGUUUUAAUUUUAUUUUAGUGGGUGUAGACUAGCAGAUAAAGAUGGCUGGAGAUAUAAUGCCAAAGAAACUUCUCCCUGAAAAGAAAACUGCAAUUUACAACUAUCAAUCUAUCUUGGUUUGAACGUUAUCCUGUUCUGGAAGCUUGUUGGAGCGAGAAGUCUUGCUCUUACUUUAGGAGAGUGAGUGGUUGAUGAGGAAAAGCGUAUAUCGUCACGGUCCAAACAAAUCAUUGCAUCUUCUCGCAAAACUCUAUUUUUUAACAUUGUUUAUUGACAAUAAUGUCCACAGAAAGUGACAGCUUCACCUCACAUAUGAAAACUCAAUAUGAUAAACAGACCAACAAAAAAUGCCCAAAAUCUUCAUAUAUUAAAUUUUGUGUAAAAUACAGGUCCCCAUCUCCGACCCAUCAGUUAGCAGGCACCUGUGGGAGUGAUGUGGGGCACCCAGAAAGAGCAUGGCAGCCAAUUGUGCUCUCUCAGACUCAGGCUGCUGAUGCCGAAUCAGCAGAACCUGGGAUCCUGGGAUUCAAACUCAUGAUCUUUGGGCCAUAGUGUCAGUGUAGUGCUAGGCGAUAUAUAUAUACAUACAGCUCUGAAAAAAAAUAAGAGACCACUUCACUAUUUAUAGGUAUAUAUUUGAGUAAAAUGAAUAUUGUUGUUUUAUUCUAUAAUCUACAGACAACAUUUCUCCUAAAUUCCAAAUAAAAAUAUUGUCAUUUAGAGAAUUUAUUUGCAAAAAAUGAGAAAUGACUGAAAUAACAAAAAAAAAACUGGUUUUUGGAUAUUAAUCACAGUUUUUAUGCAUCUUGGCAUGUUUUUCGCCACCAGUCUUACACACUGCUUUUGGAUAACUUUAUGCCACUCCUGGUGCAAAAAUUCAAGCAGUUCAGCUUGAUUUGAUGGUUUGUGAUCAUCCAUCUUCCUCUUGAUUAUAUUCCAGAGGUUUUCAAUUAGGUAAAAUCAAAGAAUCUCAUCAUUUUUAAGUGGUAAAUUUUUUUUCCAGAGCUGUAUAUAUUGUAUCAUCUUAUGGAAAGACAUGUUUAAAGUCAAAAUGCAGCAACAGAUCUGAUAUUAUUUAAGCCCUGAUAUGCUUAAAAAAGAAGCAUAUUGUCGAUACGAUAAGGAAAUGUAUAACGAUACGAUAAAAUAUCGCCAUAGUGCAAUAUAUCAGAGCCUUAGUCUGCUGAGCUACUUCAAAUCAAUUGGAGAGAGUUUUUAGGAUGCAAGGUUUUGUUUUUUUUGGUUUUUUUUACUUUUUGCGGCCUGACUACAAGUGACGAACGUGACGGGCGUCAGGAUUUGACACAGACCCUUUAGUCUUCAGUGAUUUUGUUUACACAAAUGCUAGUCAUGGAGCGUUAGCCACUUCCCGUGCCUGAAACUCCAGUUUCACGACAGCUGCCAGGUGGAAUCCCUGUCUCUCGAAGCCUCAGAUAUUAAUAAGUUACGUGCCUAUGUUCAAAAUGAAGCAAUCUUAAUUUAACCAUUAUAUCCUUGCAAGAGAAUUUCUCAGCAGUUCUAUAUUUUUUAAAGAGAAUUGUAUGGCUUUGAUUUGAUCUCUUUUUUUAUUAUUUUCUUGAAUGUCACUGGUUUCCCCUUGUUUCCCAUUACUUUGGUUGAAGUUUCAUUUGAAAUUGACAUGGAUUGAAUGUAUAUAGCUGUGAAUAAUAAUUAUGAUAAUUGCACAUAUAGGGAAAAAAAAUCUUUCAUAUCAGCUCUCUCCCCUAAAUAAAUAUCAAAAUUAUUUAAUAUAUUGUUCUUGGUUGACACUUGAUUUUGUAUGCCAUGACACUUGAUAAAAAAAAGAGAUGAGUUUAUCUGUAAUUCGUUUUUAAUUAAAAUGCUGUUAUGAUGCUCUAA